CUCCUGCCGUCCGUCCCCCUCGCUCAGCCUCUCCACAUCGCGGCUCAGGCACCUGAAGGGACGCGGGCGGGCGCGGGCAGCUCCGACCGGCGGCGGCGGGGCGGGACGGGCAGCCUGGCGGCCUCCGAUGGCCCCGCCGUGAGAGGCCGGACCCGCGGCGGGGACCAGCAGCGGUCUAAAGGAGUCCCAGGAGCAGCCAGGACAGGCGGAAGCAGUGGCUGCCAUGGAGGAGGACAAGCUCUUAUCUGCAGUGCCUGAGGAAGGCGAUGCCACCCGUGACCCCAGCCCAGAGCCUGAAGAGGAGCCAGGGGUCCAGAAUGGGAUGGCCAGUGAGGGCCUGAACAGCAGCCUCUGCAGCCCAGGGCACGAGCGAAGGGGCACCCCAGUGGACACUGAGGAACCCACGAAGGACCCAGACGUGGCCUUCCAUGGCCUCAGCCUUGGCCUCUCUCUCACCAAUGGCCUAGCCCUGGGGCCAGACUUGAACAUUCUGGAAGAUUCAACAGAGUCCAGGUCCUGGAGGGCUGGCGUGCUGGCAGAGGGGGACGAUGCUUCCAGGAGCCUCUGCCCAGAUGCUGAGGACCCUCAGCUGGGGUUGGAUGGUCCUGGGGAGCCAGAUGUGCGGGAUGGCUUCAGCGCCACGUUUGAGAAGAUUCUGGAGUCAGAGCUGCUGCGGGGCACCCAGUACAGCAGCCUGGACUCCCUAGAUGGGCUGAGCCUCACGGAUGAGAGCGACAGCUGCGUCAGCUUCGAGGCCCCCCUCACACCCCUCAUCCAGCAGCGGGCCCGUGACAGUCCUGAGCCAGGGGCUGGGUUGGGCAUUGGGGACAUGGCGUUUGAGGGGGACAUGGGGGCAGCUGGUGGUGAUGGGGAGCUGGGCAGCCCCCUGCGGCGCUCCAUCUCCAGCAGCCGCUCCGAGAAUGUCCUGAGCCGCCUGUCUCUCAUGGCCAUGCCCAAUGGAUUCCAUGAAGAUGGCCCCCAGGGCCCAGGGGGGGACGAGGAUGAUGAUGAGGAGGACACGGACAAGUUGCUGAACUCAGCCAGUGACCCCAGCCUGAAGGAUGGCCUGUCAGACUCAGACUCUGAGCUCAGCAGCUCGGAGGGGUUGGAGCCUGGUAGUGCAGACCCACUGGCCAACGGGUGCCAGGGGGUCAGUGAAGCUGCUCGUCGGCUGGCACGCCGUCUCUACCACCUCGAGGGCUUCCAGCGCUGUGAUGUGGCCCGGCAGCUGGGCAAGAACAACGAGUUUAGCAGGCUGGUGGCCGGGGAGUACCUCAGUUUCUUCGACUUCUCGGGCUUGACUCUGGACCGAGCACUCAGAACAUUCUUGAAGGCCUUCCCGCUGAUGGGGGAGACACAAGAGCGUGAGCGGGUCCUCACACACUUCUCCCGCCGGUACUGCCAGUGCAACCCUGAUGACAGCACUUCGGAAGAUGGGAUCCACACGCUCACCUGUGCCCUGAUGCUGCUCAACACGGACCUGCACGGCCACAACAUUGGCAAAAAGAUGUCCUGUCAGCAAUUCAUUGCCAACUUGGACCAGCUGAAUGAUGGCCAAGACUUUGCCAAAGACCUGCUGAAGACCCUUUACAACUCCAUCAAGAAUGAAAAGCUGGAAUGGGCCAUUGAUGAGGACGAGCUGAGGAAAUCCCUGUCUGAGCUGGUGGAUGACAAGUUCGGGACAGGCACGAAGAAGGUGACGCGAAUCCUGGAUGGUGGCAACCCCUUCCUGGAUGUCCCACAGGCGCUCAGUGCCACCACCUAUAAGCACGGCGUCCUGACCCGGAAGACUCACGCUGACAUGGAUGGCAAGAGGACGCCCCGUGGGAGGCGUGGCUGGAAGAAAUUCUACGCAGUGCUCAAAGGGACCAUCCUGUACUUGCAGAAGGAUGAGUACAGACCUGACAAAGCUCUAUCAGAGGGUGACCUGAAGAAUGCCAUUCGCGUGCAUCAUGCUCUGGCCACCAAGGCCUCUGACUACAGCAAGAAGUCCAACGUGCUCAAGCUUAAGACAGCCGACUGGAGGGUAUUCCUCUUCCAGGCACCGAGCAAGGAAGAAAUGCUGUCCUGGAUCCUCAGGAUCAACCUGGUGGCAGCCAUCUUCUCUUCCCCGGCCUUCCCAGCCGCUGUCAGCUCCAUGAAGAAGUUCUGUCGGCCCCUGCUGCCCUCCUGCACCACCCGCCUCUGCCAGGAGGAGCAACUGCGGUCUCAUGAGAAUAAGUUGAGGCAGCUGACUGUGGAGCUGGCCGAACACAGGUGUCACCCAGUCGAGAGGGGCAUCAAGUCCAAGGAGGCCGAGGAGUACCGGUUGAAGGAGCAUUAUCUCACCUUCGAGAAAAGCCGUUAUGAGACCUAUAUCCACCUCCUGGCUGUGAAAAUCAAAGUGGGCUCAGAUGAUCUGGAGCGGAUUGAGGCCCGGCUGGCCACUCUGGAAGGGGAUGACCCUUCCCUCCGGAAGACACACUCAAGUCCUGCCCUCAGCCAGGGCCAUGUGACUGGCAGCAAAACCACAAAGGAUGCCACUGGGCCUGAUACUUAGCUGACAUGGAUGUGCAGAUCCCAGAGAUGAUACUUUUGGAAAAAAUAGAGCGUGUAUGCACCACCCCAUUUGUCCCAUGGAUAUCCUGGGGUGUGAGUCGGAUGGGACCACGGCCCUGUUUAUAUUUGAGUCUUUAUGUUGGUGCUGCCAGGUCUCUGAGCUCCAGAGGUGGCCUCUUGGACAGAUCUACUGCUAUAGGAAUAAAAGACACUCUGCCUCGCAAAUGGUCGCUUGUCAACAAGCCCAAAGAUGCUAGUCGGAGGAUGGUUAUGAAAGCCAUUAAUUCUUGGUUGUGGGAAAAGGUGGAACGACAAGUUAUUGAGUGUUUUUCUGUCGCUAUUUCUUUCAUUUGUCUAGUGAAUCAGAAAGGCUUAGCCAAGGCUGCAUCUGGGAAGAGUGGAGAAAUUUGCCACUUGACGAUCACGGAUUAGCUAGCACCUUUAAGCCCUGCAUUUCUCCAACUGACAAGCGGGUGGGGGUGAUGGCACAUUCAGUGUGGCUAUGAAGAGCGAAUCCUCUCUAUUGCUUAAAUAGAUUACUGUAGUUUGGCCAGGAAUUUGGCACCAGUGGUAACACACUUAGUUAAUAAAAUAAGCCAGGCUUGCAACUAAGUAUCUAACUUUACAGGCCCACUCACAUUUGAGGCAAGGGGCUAUUGAGUAUGUGGAGAGAUGUAGUGAUUUAAAUUCAGAUUAUUUAAGUUGGAUCAGCUGAAGUGUGUUUUAGACCCAAACCAUCUGGCCCCUUCGUUUUGCUUACAGGAAGUAAAUGUUCACUUAAAUGAAAUUGAAAACGCAAUGUGGCACCACAAAAGAGCUCUCUGUACUUUCUCCAUGCUGCCUCAAAAGCUCUGUGAUUUUUGGGGUCAGUGUCCCACCCUUCGCUUCCCGAGGGCGGGUGAGUGGAGAGCAGAGCCAAGAGCUCUGGCAGCUGUGGACAGAUGUGCUUCCUGAGCACAGGUUGUGCCUCCCAUCAGUAAAAAAAUGUUUAGUUCACUUCCUUAAUUGUAUAAUUAUUUAUUUGUAAAU